AGACGAGACGGGAAAGUUGCCGUUGACACUUUGUAUAUGGGUUUGACAGCAGGCGGAAUUCCGCGGCCGCGAAAUUCCGGUCCGUGUAUUUUCGGCCUCAAACUAUUGACUGACAGCAAAUCUGACGUUAAAUUUUGAGCUCUGCACAUUUUGUUUGAUACUUUGAAAUAUAUACGAGAAAAUGAUGUGAAACUUCGUAUAUGAAUAACAAAUGAGCAUAUCUCUAUUAAAAAAUACAUGUUGAGAAACUUUUCAACGCGUUUUCCCAUGAUUUGACUUUUUUUUUGUUUUUUGUACAGUUACCCUACUGAAAAAAAGUUGACGCACUGUUACUAUCUUGCAAAGUCUAUAUAAUACAGAGGUCAAUGCAUAGCUCGAUUUUGGUCCACCAUUUUGAAAGCUUAUUUUUGACAGUUAGAUGAAAAAGCGCUCACAAACGAUUCCAAACAACCAAACACUUUUCAGGGCUAAUUGUGCAUUUUGUGCUCAAAACUUAGUGUAACUAUACAUUUCUUUCUCAUGAACGUGGCAUGGAGUAGUUUUUAAGUAAUUUAUCGCUUAAAAAUGACCACAUUCAGAAAUCUGGCCUCUUAGCUUUGGCCCUCUUGAGCUGCACAUGAUUUCGUCGUAAUUUCGGGCACUGAUCUUGUUGUAAUUGAUAAUUUCAAUAUAAUUCUAUCUUUUCUUGAUAUUCGUCAACUUUUUUAGUACAAUAUUACAAAAAAAUGAUGUAAAAAUGACCGAAAAUGCUUUCAGACCACUGCAUGCACAACAACUAAAACCUCAAUGUAUGCUACGAUAAAACUAUUGAAGCUUUUUCAUCCAGCUGUCAAAACUAUACCACUCUUUUUGAUCAAAUGUUCUGCACGACUCGACCUCUGUAUUACACUUAUACACUUUGCAAUCUUGAAUAUGUGUUGUCAGCUUUUCGCAACCUGGCUGUUUUGAUACUAAGAUUUUCUUUCACCAACAUAACCUGUUGAUUGCAUUAUGAUUCGAAAUAUCGUUGUGACAACUAGGGAAUUAAUAUUAAUCCUAAAAUGUUUAUGACCAGAAUACGAUAACGCCAAGCUAUCCAUUAUUAUUAUGUGUAUAUAGUCAUAUGUUGUUAAUGAAUAAAAGUCGGUUGAAAAUAAUGUACAAACAAAUUUCAUUGCCUGCAAUCAUUUGUAGAAGAUGAAAUGUAUAGGAUAUAAAUUGUAGACACAUUUUCCAAGCAAUCUAUUAUUAAUAGAGGCUAUUAUUCCAUACAAACAAGACUUCCAUCAAAUAACUUUUAUUUGUAUUUCCUGAGUGCUGUGCGCCAUCAAUUGAUGGUUGUAUUGUUUCAUAGUUUUGCUUGUUUGUGAGUUCCAUCACGUCCUCUGCCAUCGUUCGAAGUGGGCACUCAUCUGCGCAACUGCGAUGCACAAUCGAACUAAAACCGAUCCCAGAAAAUUCGUCGGUCGGAGUAAAUAAAAAAGUGUAACUGGCCAGUGCACGACGAAGCUCCUGCUGGAACGAUUUGAGAUAAAAUAUAACAGUUGGCUGGAGAUAGUGCUCGAGUUCAAACGUACAUAUACUCUUCAAAUUUCUUUUUUUUUAAUCCAUAAGUGUAAAAUUGCAGCUAUGGCGUUAACAAAUCGUCCUGGUGAAUGUGAUCCAAACACCGCGGUAAUUAAUACAAUAUAGUUAACCUUGUGAAGUUUCAAGAAGCAAACCAAACAAAUUAUAACAGGAUGUUUUUUGGAUAUAAGAAAAGAAAAAAACUAGUGAGUUUCCAAUUUUACAAAACUGCCUUUUUCAACGUAAACACAUUCAUAGUCAUUACCUUUAAAAGAAGGAUGAACGAUGUAUUAUAAUAUCUAAAAAAUAUUCCAAAUUUACUACACAUCUGUGGCAUAAGGUUGAGUCAUAAAUGAACCAUGCUAGAGUAAUAAACAUCCAAGCCAACAUAGUUUCAUUCGUGCAAGUACUGCAGUCAACAAGAAUAUCUCAAACUAUCUGUGCAUUAUGCGGCAAAUGCAAACGUUGUUUGGCCACAUAGUAUGUAAAACAAAACUUAACUAGGCAUUUAACAUUCUCAAACAUUUCCAAAUGUUUCAUUUAUCUAUACAUUUAAUGUACGAAAUACUAAUAGAAUAAGAAAUCCAGUGAUAUCGUUUAUGGAUUUAAUUUAAAUUACGAUAGAAUAUUUGAAGCAACCGUCUGGAUAUAAUGUUUAUGUAUUGUACUUGUUGCAUUUUAUCGACACUACAAGAUAGAAUGAUUAACACUACGAAUAUAAUAAGAAAUCGGCAGAGGCGUGAACAUUUCUUAAUUAACCGGGACGUUCGUGUUCAACGUGCUUGAGACUUCUUGCUUAUUUAAGGAAUUUAUCCUUAACUAAUUUACGUUAACAUAUAUUGAUUUCACCUAAAUUUAACAAAAGAACCAUGAUUGAAAAAAAUAAUUUCAAGUCAUACCAUUUAUUUCGGGGUGAUCAGUACCUAUCUAAUAUGAUAGAGCCAAAAAAAAACAGAGCACCGAUUAUUCUAUUCAACUCUCCACACAUGGCAACUUAUUACUAUUUCAAUGAAUCAACGCCUCUUUCGUCACAAAUAUUCUUUCCAAAAGAAAGCUCAGAAAACUAUAAUACUACUGGUAUCAACACGAGUACUUCCUACACGGUUCAUAUGAAUGAAUUGAAUAACGACUCGACAUACAGUUACUAUAAUUGCCUAGCAUCAGAAGGAAACACGUCUUACUUGAAUGUGUCAUGUGAAACCAUUCUUAAUUAUAGCAUUCCGUUGUAUGGAUAUUGUAUACCCUUUCUUUUGCUGGUUACCCUCACAGCAAAUUCUUUAAUAAUUAUUAUCCUCAAUAAAAGAAGCAUGGCGUCACCAACAAAUUGUAUUCUUAUGGCAAUGGCUCUUUGUGAUAUGUUUACCCUUCUUUUUCCGGCACCUGGUUUGAUAUACAUGUAUACAUUUGGAAACCAUUACAAACCAUUGUCACCUUUAAUAGCGUGCUACGUUUGGAAUGCCCUGAAUGAGAUUCUACCUGCAAUGUGUCAUACUGCAUCAGUAUGGCUUACAUUAGCUUUAGCUUUGCAAAGAUACAUAUACGUUUGCCAUGCACCUGCCCGAAAUUGGUGUACUAUUCCUAGAGUAAAAAAAUGCAUUGGUUAUAUCUGUGCUACUGCUUUUUUACACCAAAGCAGUAGAUUUUUUGACAAGUCUUAUAGUCUAAUAACAAUAAUGUGGAAUGGCCAAAUGACAAACGUAUGUCAUGUUGAAACAGCAAAUUGGAUACACAAAUACACCAGCGAAGAUUUUUAUUACACAUUCUAUUUUUCCUUUCGCAUUUUAUUUGUCCAUUUAACACCCUGUGCCAGUCUGGUAGCUCUAAAUGUUUUCCUUUUUAGGGCCAUGAAACAAGCUCAAAAGAAGAGAGAACGGCUUUUUAAGGACAACAAGAAACGUGAAUGUAAACGGAUCCGCGAUUCUAACUGUACUACUCUUAUGUUAAUCGUUGUGGUUACCGUCUUCUUAGUUGUAGAAAUACCACUAGGUGUUAUUACAGCACUUCAUAUUAUAUCAUCUCUCAUUUACGAAUUUCUUGAUUACUAUGUUGCUAACUUGUUUAUUUUGUUCGCUAAUUUUUUUCUAAUAGUCAGUUAUCCAAUAAAUUUUGCGAUUUAUUGCGGAAUGUCGCGUCAAUUUCGUGAGACAUUCAAAGGAAUAUUUGUUCAAUCAGAUUCUCAAAUCAAAAUAACAAAAGAAUAUGGUUCAUCGAAGUAUUCGUUAGUAAAUGGACCGAGAACGUGUACAAAUGAAACUGUGAUUUAACUGUGGUUAGAUAGCAGGUGUACCAGUGUAAAUGAGUACGAAAAACGAGCAAACUUUUAUUAGUGUUUUUUUUAUAUUUUGGUCGAUGUAUUUCAUUAAAGUGAAUUCGUUAAUAUAAUAACUAAGGUCUAUAAAUUAUCAUGCAAAUCAAACGUUCAAGGAGACUACCAGCUACUUUCCUAAUCUCGAUCGUAGAGGAACGAUGGUAUCAGUUCCGUAGAUAUAAUGGUUACUUUAAUUUGUGUUUGUUUUUGUUUGUGUUUGUAAUUUGAGUAUCCUGGACAGUUAUGCGUACAAUAUAGCAACAUGUUGAAAACAAAUCCAAGGAAACCACUAUUUUAUGUAAUUUUGACAAUCGUUCCCGUAUUCGAUCGAGUUUGGAAAAGUAGCUGUACGAUUUUUUCACUAUUUGGCUUAACAAUAUCGUGAAUUAUAAUUAUGUAGGCCAUCAAAAUAACUUCUUUUUUUAUUCAGGAGACACGGAACUUCAAAAAAAAUCUGUAACAUCUACAAAUUGAAAUACAAAAACAUGUAUUGUAGUAAGCUGUUUGGUCAAACCACUCCGAAACGCAAUUGGUAAAUUGUAAAUAUGUUUUACAGGUACAGUCAGUGUUCGCUAACACAAUGAUUUUUAAUUGAAAUGUUUUUUUUUAGCUGGGUGUUCGCUAACUGGGAUGGUGGGAUGGAUCCCAGUUAAAAAUCAUUAAAACGUGAAACGUAAAACAUCCGGCAUCGUUUGAUUACAUACGCAAGCGAAUGGAAAAAGAAAAACCAUCAAAAUGGUUUUAAUUUGGUUGCUGUGAUGGUUACAAUUUCAUUUCAGUU